GAACUUUUGGUAGCAGGCGCAUUUUAUGAAGAGAUGCAAGCGUAUGAACGGCCUGGCUGGUUUACUCCACAAGGACAUGCUCCAGUACCCCCAUACGAUUGGUAUGGAGCCUAUGGAACACCUAAGAACAAAGAUAGGCGAUACGUUGACCUUUUGAAGGGCGAUCUCACAUUCAAAUUUUCUAAGCACCACCACGUGAUAGGAGCAGAAUGUUUAUCCUGCAGGGAGCACGUUGUAGUUUUUGAUAUGUCAUACUUCAGUAAACUCUACCUGACGGGACCAGAUGCUCAGGAGGCUGCAGACUGGCUGUUCACAGCAGACACUAAUGGACCUCUGGGAAAUAUUGUGUAUUCCUGCAUCCUCAACAAACAAGGAGGAAUAGAGGGUGACUGUUUGGUCAUCCCUAUUGGUACAGGUUGUGGCACUCUCUCUGAUCCUAUAUUUAAGGGUCGAGGAUUUUAUAUCGUGGCUGCAGGAGCAUCUGCCUCCCAGUCAUGGGCACAUCUGAACACAGCAAUCCAACAAAAAGGGUUCAAAGUGGCGUUGACCAACCUCUCUGAGGACAUAGGUUUAUUGGCAGUCCAAGGCCCAAAGAGUCGAGAACUAUUGCAGAAUAUAAUAGAUGCAGACUUAAGUAAUGAAGUGUUCCCAUAUCGGACGGCUCGUAUAAUCAAGGUGGCUGGGCACACUGUACGAGCACUGCGUACCAGUUUUGUGGGAGAAUUGGGCUGGGAGCUACACAUUCCCUGGCAGUCAUGUAUCCCUGUGUACAAUGCCAUCUGGGAGGAGGGGCUCAAAUUUGGGCUAAGGCAAGCCGGCUACAGAGCUCUCUACUCUCUCAGUUCGGAGAAAGGAAUCAGACUUUGGAAUGCUGAUAUAAAAAUCAAUGAUAACCCAUUGGAAGCAGGAUUAACACAAACUAUGAGAUCAGAGGGAGAUUAUCUAGGAAAAGAUGCACUUGAAGAAGUAAUGAAAAGAGGUAUCACGAAACGUCAUGCAUUUUUCACCAUCCAAGAGCAAGUUCCUUUGUGGGGUUCGGAGCCAAUUUUUAGAAAUGACAAACUGGUUGGUUAUCUAAGAAGAGGAGAAUACGGUUAUGCAAUUGGAAAGAGCAUUGGACAAGGCUAUGUUCAAGAAUCAGCUGAUACACCAGUGACAAAAGAGUUCCUUCAAAGUGGCAAAUAUCAGCUUGAAGUGAUGGGAAAACGUUACGAUGCCACUUUAACACUCAAAAGUCCACUAGAUCCAGACAACCACAGGGUUAUGGGGAUAUAUGAUGAACCAUUACCUGUUCGUCAGUAAUAAGCUAUACAUCUUGUGAAAUUAUUUUGUACAAUAAGCAUUGUAUAUUUUGUAUUUAAAAAGUUUAUUUAAUUGUCAA